GGUAGCAGCGGCCGUGGAGGUGGCGCUGGGGACUGUUUUCUCUCGGAGGCCGGAGCGGAGCCGCGUCUGACUGAGGCGGGCGGCGAGCAGCCCCCUCGCUCCGUCCCUCCCGCCUCCGCGCCCUCCCCGCCGCCGCCGCCGCCGCCGCCCGCCGCCCGCCGCCCGCCGCCCGCCGCCGCGCCCGGGGAGGAGCCGCGGCCCGCGGGGCCGGAGCCAGGCCUGCGUCCGGACCUCAGCCGGAGCCGGAGCGAGAGCCGGGGCCUCGGCGUCCCCGCCCUCUCCCCGCCUCAGGGCCGCGUCCGCCGGGCCCUCGCGCGUCGCGCCAUGGACUCGGACGAGGGCUACAACUACGAGUUCGACGAGGACGAGGAGUGCAGCGAGGAGGACAGCGGCGCCGAGGAGGAGGAGGACGAGGACGACGAUGAGCCGGACGACGACAACCUGGACCUGGGCGAGGUGGAGCUGGUGGAGCCCGGGCUGGGCGUCGGCGGGGAGCGGGACGGACUGCUGUGCGGGGAGACGGGCGGCGGCGGCGGCAGCGCGCUGGGGCCCGGCGGCGGCGGCGGCGGCGGCGGCGGCGGCGGCGGCGGGCCGGGGCACGAGCAGGAGGAGGACUACCGCUACGAGGUGCUCACGGCCGAGCAGAUUCUGCAGCACAUGGUGGAAUGUAUCCGGGAGGUCAACGAGGUCAUCCAGUGCAUAUUGGGUACUUCCAGAAGUAUGAAUUCAGUGAUGCAAAGGACAGGCGGGCUGCAGCAGCAAAGAAUCCAGCAACUAUCACAAGAAUACUCCUUAGCCACUUCAAUUGGGAUAAAGAGAAGCUAAUGGAAAGGUACUUUGAUGGAAACCUGGAGAAGCUCUUUGCUGAGUGUCAUGUAAUUAAUCCAAGUAAAAAGUCUCGAACACGCCAGAUGAAUACAAGGUCAUCAGCACAGGAUAUGCCUUGUCAGAUCUGCUACUUGAACUACCCUAACUCGUAUUUCACUGGCCUUGAAUGUGGACAUAAAUUUUGUAUGCAGUGCUGGAGCGAAUAUUUAACUACCAAAAUAAUGGAGGAAGGCAUGGGACAGACUAUUUCGUGUCCUGCUCAUGGUUGUGAUAUCUUAGUGGAUGACAACACAGUUAUGCGCCUGAUCACAGAUUCGAAAGUUAAGUUAAAGUAUCAGCAUUUAAUAACAAAUAGCUUUGUAGAGUGCAAUCGACUGUUAAAGUGGUGUCCUGCCCCAGAUUGCCACCAUGUUGUUAAAGUCCAAUAUCCUGAUGCUAAACCUGUUCGCUGCAAAUGUGGGCGCCAGUUUUGCUUUAACUGUGGAGAAAAUUGGCACGAUCCUGUUAAAUGUAAGUGGUUAAAGAAGUGGAUUAAAAAGUGUGAUGAUGAUAGUGAAACCUCUAAUUGGAUUGCAGCCAACACAAAGGAAUGUCCCAAAUGCCAUGUCACAAUUGAGAAGGAUGGCGGUUGUAAUCACAUGGUCUGUCGUAACCAGAACUGUAAAGCAGAGUUUUGCUGGGUGUGUCUUGGCCCUUGGGAACCACAUGGAUCUGCCUGGUACAACUGUAACCGCUAUAAUGAGGAUGAUGCAAAGGCAGCAAGAGAUGCACAGGAGCGAUCUAGGGCAGCCCUGCAGAGGUACCUGUUCUACUGUAAUCGCUAUAUGAACCACAUGCAGAGUCUACGCUUUGAGCACAAACUCUAUGCUCAGGUGAAGCAGAAAAUGGAGGAGAUGCAACAGCACAACAUGUCCUGGAUUGAGGUGCAAUUCCUGAAGAAAGCAGUUGAUGUCCUCUGCCAGUGUCGUGCCACACUCAUGUACACUUAUGUCUUCGCUUUCUACCUCAAAAAGAAUAACCAGUCCAUUAUCUUUGAGAAUAACCAAGCAGAUCUAGAGAAUGCCACAGAGGUGCUUUCGGGCUACCUCGAACGAGAUAUUUCCCAAGAUUCUCUGCAGGACAUAAAGCAGAAAGUACAAGAUAAGUACAGAUACUGUGAGAGUCGACGAAGGGUUUUGUUACAGCAUGUGCAUGAAGGCUAUGAAAAAGAUCUGUGGGAGUACAUUGAGGACUGAGAAUGGCCCUGCAUAAAAUGAACUCUGAAAACUUUACCAUCUAGAGUGCUCAUGCAAUUAAAACAAAACAAACACAAACAAGGAGGCACUAAGCCUGUUCUGACACCUCUGGUCUGUAGUACCAGAAUUCUGUUUUGUUAACAGAAAGUUUAAGUAAAUUAUAUUGUAAUAAAAAAAGGUAGAUAAACCAUUGUACAACAGUAUUCUAGGCCGCCAACAAAAGUGUGACAGACACACUAAAAGCCCUCCAACUUUAACUUGUAACGUAGCUUCAUUCUCAAAGCUGACUCCUUUUUUUCUUUUUCUUUUUCCUGAGUAUAGUGCAGUUAAAAUUUAAAACAGCUCCUUGACACUGCUUUUCAUGUCCAAACCAGCCAUUUUGUUGUACUUUGGUAAAGGACCUCUUCCCCUUCCUCCCCUACACAUACAGAUACACCCACACACGCAGACUGACUCUCUUUCUCUCAUACCCCAAGGUCAUGAGUGAAUUAGUGAAUUAGUUCCUUGUAAAGAAAAUUCUUGGGGCAGGGAAGGGGGUAGGCAGCAAGAGGAAUUAAACAAAAAAACAAAAAAACUUUGUAUAUGACUUUUAAAACAAGAGGACAACACAGUAUUUUUCAAAAUUGUAUAUAGCGCAUAUGCAUGGACAAAGCAAGCGUGGCACGUGUUUGCAUAAUGUUUAAUUACAAAAAAUAUUUAUUCUUUAAAAAUCUUCAAGAUUAUGUCUAUUUGCUGUGCAUUUUCUUUCAGUUUGCUUUAUCUUUCCAGGGUUGAGGGUUGGGAUAAAGGUGUGUUGGUUUAGCACCUCCGGAAGACCUAACUAGAGCUCUUUGAUUUUACUUUCCUGAGAUGACUUUGCCCUUUUUCCUUUUGAUGUGUCCGUUAGUGGCCAUGGGCCUCAUGCCUUGAAUUCCGGCUCUUGAUCAGGGACAGGGAGCUCAAGCCCCGCCCCAUGCCAUGGCCUGACAAGGGCUAUAACAGAGAGCUUUGUGCUGUCUUUCAAGAAUGACCCAGUCCCCAGCCUCCUCCCCCUCCACGGCCUCUUUCAUCUACCUAAGCCUUUGUGUGCCCAUGUCUUGCACACACCUGAAGGCUUCCUAUGCUCCCUCUCACAUCCAGAGGAAACAUUUCAACUUUUUUCCCUUUUUUUUUCCCUUAAUUGCUGCUUUUGAGCCUCUUACGAUUUUAGUUAUGGCUCUUCUCUCACCCCUUCUUUACAUUAGGGUGUCAAAUAGAAUGUUUUUGCUUUAAAUAUGAAUAUAAAUAAAUAGCCAUUCACUUAGUUUCAGAUUGUGAAUUUAAAAUGGCAGAUACUGAAAUUGCUUGUGUGUGUUGCUGUGGGUUCAGUUUGAAGGCAAACACCCCCUAGAACAUAAUAUUCCCAUCUAGUGCAUUUAAAUAGAAAUCACUGAGUUUGCUUCUUUUCUAUUGUCAGCAGAUAGGAGAAUUAAUAAUGCAUUUUAGCUGUGAUGUCCAUUUUUAUGAAAUUUCUACUAAGAGCUAUGUUAAAAGUAAAGGAUGGUGGUGGUUUUAUUAACUAUAUAUCUGUUUAGGCCAUUCUGGCUGUGGUAUUUUUCAACAGGUCAGCAUCCCUAAAUCUGUCAGUUUUAUACAGGAGUGCAGAGUGAACUAGGCAACUAGAUCAAGAGGUCUUAAUAUCAAAUACCAGUUUUCGCGACCUCUUUGUCUUCCUUUAAAUGUCUUGCGCCUAGGGAGUGUUUACCAUUUGUGAGGCAGCUUUGUCUGCUCUUGCAUUGUACAUCUUAUUACUCCAUUGGGAAGUAGAUUCACUUUCCUCUGGCCUUUUGCCUAAGUUAGGCUUUGCUGAAUCAACCCUACUUUUCCUUUUAGAAAAAGGUUGUUACAUGAGAUGUACUUGCAACUGUUCUUUUCCCAUCAAAAAUCAGUGAAUGUUUGCUGAGUAUAUUAUGCUGCUUCCUUAAACCACUUGUCGCUUUAGGAUCAACUUCAACCCUACCUUUUAUCCUCCCUUCCCUUGCCACUUCAGAUGCAAAUCUGAACUCAGUGUCUGCUUCUUUCAUAGUUUCUUCUCCCCUGUCCCCUAUCAUUCAUUUGACUUUAUUUUAAAUGACUGCAUCAAUCUUAAAAGACAUUUAUCAAAACUAAGGAGAUUGUUGGUUUUGUUUUUUUUUUUUUUUAACAGAAAGCUUGAAUGAGUUCCUUUCCCUGGUAACUUUGAAAAGCAGCCAGAGUUGCUAUCUAGAUAUAUGUGGCUCCCUUAAAAUGUUUUGUGUAUGUGUGGUGUUUUUAAAAAUCUUACCAGUUAACUGCAGUAUCUAGGUUUCAGUGUCAUAAAUCCUCUUUACAUGCCCCCCUUGCAACAAGUAUCCAAAAACAAUGUGUGUACUUCAUAAUAUCAGCCCCACCUGUGCUUUUUAGAGAUGCUUUUUAGUUUCAGUGUUGGCAUAUUACCUAAGGGUAUUGCAGUUGUGGGUGCAUUCCCUAAUUUGUAUGGAUCAGGGUGAACUGGCCUUUUCUGAACUUCCAAGCUUUUAACAGCUAUCUCCAUAUUUGACAGAAUUCCCUGAGUUAAUUGCUUUCAUUGUUAGUAGCUUCAGUGACCCCAGCUGGGAUAGGCAAGCCAUAUUGUAUGACAGCUUCCCUAUUUCACCAACCUAAGUCUUUUUGUCAGAGGGCUCUAUUCACGGUAAGCACCAGGGUCUCCUAGUUUUCUUGAGGGCAGUUACAUUGUCUUUUGAAAGUGCAUGCUUCAUUUGAACAAUUCAUUGAGCAGUAGAUGGACUUUAAAUGAUUUUCAAUAAAAUUUUGAUCCAAAGCUCAGGAUACACACAGUGGUAAAAUUGAGUAGCAUAUGAUAUCAUCAAACUCUAAAUUCUGUGUAAUUUGCUGCGACCCAGAUUGUAUGUGUUUUAUGUGUGUUUAAAUAAAUAUAUUAAAUACACAUGUGUAUACAUACACACAUAUAUAACAGAUCCAAGACUGACUGACUUGAUUUGAAAUGGUUGAAUCUGCAGUGUGAAAUGUGGUUCAGCCACAAUUAGGAACUGAAAUUUAGUACAAGAGAGAAAAGGACUUGAUGUAACAAAAUCCUUUAGCUACAAAUCCCGGUAUAGAGCACUUGGGGGAUGGGAGGGGGCGGGUUGGUGAGACAAUCAGAUCGGUAAAUUGAUUAAAUGCUCCUAACCCUGUAAUUUUGUGCAUAGAGCACCCUGUGCUGUGGAAAUAACUGUUCUUAGAUUUUCAUUGUAACUGGACUGUUCAGGUUGCCCAGAGGGAAAGAACAUUCCUAAUUCUAAUAAAAUAAACUUUUAUUUUGUUAUUCCAUUAGUUACUUAUGUUUAUUUUUAUAGUUAAAAAAAGAUAUAUUGGUGGCCCAAGUCACCUAUAUUAUGUGCCUUAUUCACUGUUCCUACUUAAUAUAAAAUGACAAGAUUUGGUUCAGUUUCUUUGCAGGGAACUGUGAAUGAGACCAUCCCCAACAAUUAACUUGGUUAAAUGAAGCCUUCAGAGCAUUUUCUGAAAGCUUUGCAAUUUCUGUCUUGAACACUGAAUUUAAAUUGCUCUUUGUGUUGUAACAGUGAUAUUAUUAGAUGUUCAGAUUUUUGUCAAUUUUUUUAACAUAAAAUAUUUUAAAAGUCAUUUAAACUCCCUCACAUUGCUUCCAUUUAGCUUACCCUUAAAAGCUACUAAGUAUCUCCUAGAGGGAUGGAGGGAGAGUUUUAUCUUAAAGUCCCCAUAAGUUGGAGAUCCCCGUCAUUGAUAUUCUAGCCAAGUCCAGAUUUCAGGACAAUUUAAUUUGGUUUUAUUUGGAUCUGUUCAUGUAUCACUUUUGUCUUCAAAGCACUUUAACUUCUAUUACUGUCUACAGAGGUGUAGAAAUUGCUCUGUUUUACAAAAGAAGAAAAUGAGGCUCAGCGAGGUUAAGUGACUUGCCCGAGAUUUCAGUUUCUUCUAUCUGAGGCUCAAUCAAUAUUGUACUACCUCUUUGUAUAUUAAUUGGAUCUCAGAAUGACCUAGCAUUCAGUACUCUGAAAGGUGGAUCUUAACUACAGUGUUGUGCUUUCAAACCACAUAAAAGACUACACUAAUGCCUGUUUGAGGAAUGUUAUAUACUAUCCCUGAUCUUUAAUUUGUUGAUGCAGGGUUUCAACUAAUGUGGCUCUGUGUUUUGCCCAAUCAGAUCAAACUAGCCAUGAGAGAAGAAUAGCCCUUCCCACUUUGCUGAUUAGGACAGUCCUCAUGGGAAGACUAUCACAUGUGAUAGUUGAGAGUAAAUGGUUCAGCAUUAUUUGAUUUGAUCUAGUGGCCAAGCAAUUUGCAGUUAAUUGGUCUAGUUAUUUGCUCAAGUGAAUUUUUAAUAUAAAGAAUUUUGGAUAGCCAACUGGAACUUGUUACAGAAUCUGUUUUAUAGGUGAUAACUGAAAAUGGACAAAACAGCCAAUAUCUACUUGUUCUCAGCAUUUCUCCUUGGAACUGGAAGGCAUAUGGGGCUUUAAGAAGAUAUGUAGUGAGCGUGAGCAUUAUGGGAAAAUCUUGGCUCCUUCAGGAAUAGGAAAAAGUGUGGGCCCCUUUGACUUUGUCAAGUUUCUUUGGGGGUGUGUUUCUGGUUCAUUUUAAGGAAUUUCCUUCUUAAUACCCCAAGAUGAAAUCGCCAACUUGGAAAUGCUCAACUGGAAAUAAAUAGUGCCUAUUGUAGGAGUAAACAGACAACUUCAGAGUUUUAAUUUUUUGGUUUUUGUGGAAUUAAAUCCAUUUUUAAGGCAACUCUUGGUCUUUCUCUAGGCAAUAGCAGGAUGGGAAAAAUAACUUUUUUUUUUGAAAAGCAGUUUUUGGACUAUGAUUAAACCACACAUAUGCUUGUUUGGAGCCAUUUUUGGAGCAAGAGCCAAUUAGUAUAUAAAAAAUCACACACUGAUGUGUAGCAGCUCUGACAAUACCAAAAACAUGUUAUUACAGUAAUCCAGGGGUCUUGAGUAAUACAGGAAUCUCAAAUCAUAUCUACAAGAGCCAGGUAAAUAUUUUAAUAGACUACUGUGGGCUAAGUGGGCUCUGAGAGGAGCAUGUGAAAUACACAUUACGUGAAUUCUCAACUUUGAGAUGUUGGUAAUUUACAAUAUUCUUAAAUGUAGGUCAAAGAAAAAUUACACUUGGGCCAUAUUGGUUUUUAAUUUGUAUUAAUCUUGUGUUGCUACUGAUUGCCACUGUCCGUCUGACACACUGGAAUCACUAAGAAGCUUCAAAAGAACAAAAACUAAUGCCUAGGUUGCAUGCCGUAGAGAUUAUUAUUUAAUUGCUUUGGGUUGUGUCCUGGGCAUCAAUAGUUUUUAAAAUCUAUCCUUUCCCGUCCCUGAUGAUUAUGGAACACAGUUUGUAGACAACGUUGGGACAGUUGAUCCACACGUGUAUAGUUCCAUGGAGGGAAUACAGGUGAGCACUCGAGGUCAUAAAGGACAGUGGAUUUGUGGCAGAUUCACAAGUUCAGGAAGGGGUUUUACUGUAGGUGGGCCCUAGCUGAGUGGGUUUUGUGGAUUGGUGUCUUCUAAGGGUCUAGUGCGAAGUGCCCAACUUUUUUGUCAGUUUUCUGGUAUGUGGUCCACCUUGGUGAAAAUCAUUUCACAAAACCCCAAAGCGGUAGAACUGACGAGCAGAGUAGAAUGUUCAAGUCAGUUGGCAAGAUAUUCUCUUCCCAAGGGAGAGAAAUCUAUCUGGGAAGCCAGUUAGUGCAAAGCCUGAACAAGGGUAGUUGGUUAUAAGCAAAGCUCUCAUUAAGCUAUUUGUGUAAAGUCAAUGUACAAUUCCACUUAAUCACUGAGAGUUAAAUUCAGAGCACUUAAGAGUUUCAAGUUUCUCACUGUUGCUUCAUUCUUAUGUUACAACUGUGGAUUUUCGUGUUUUUAUUCCCAGUGCGGUAUAGUGGGAAAAAAAAUCCGUAUUUCUCAGCCAUAGUUUCUUAUGGAUUUUUCUUUUGUAACAUGGGGAUACUAAGUAUAUAACUUGUUGAGUGCUUCUUGCCAGAUGCCUUAUAUUCUCUGUAUCUUAUAAGCAGUCCUAAAACAAAGUAGACAUUGCUAUCCUAUUUUAUAAAUGAGAAAAGAGGUUCAUAGAUGAUUAACUUACUGAAAAAUUAGAGUUUAUGGUAGGGUCAUGCUUGUCUAAUUCCAUGUGUUCAUCUCAUCAUGCUCUGUUGUCUGUAUUAUAGGGAUAUUGUGAGGAUCAAAGGAGAUUAGUUGGAAAACAAAGCCUAGUUACAAAUAAGCAUACUAAUACUAAUUUAGGGGAGGAAAAAAAGAUUCAGAGCUGUCUCAUAGACUCCCAAAGGCAGGGUGAGAUUGGAUCCAGGAACUGAAUUGGCAUUGUGUGUCUGUACAUCCAUGUCAUUCUAAUAGCUUCUGCUUUUCCUGUCAUCUACCCUGUAGCCCUGGGUGUUACAUAUUAACUGUGCCAGACAAAUGAGACAGAACCAAACAAUUGUGGGACAGGAUCAUUAAUACAAAUGUGGCUCAGAGCUUACUUCUGGAUCGGGAGGCAGAUCUUGGGACGUCUUGCUUUGCUAGACACACAAAAGGUGUCUGACAAAAUCAAAAUGCCCUGAAGUUUUUCUUUCUUAAAUAAAUGUAAGGAAUUAGUAUGUAAUAAACAAUUAUGCUAACUUAGUGUUUACCAACUGCUUCAGGUCCAUAUGUUUUAAACUCACAAUCCCAAUUGGCUCAAUUGGAAGAGUGUGUGACUCUUGAUCUGGGUUGUGAGUGUGAGUCCCACGUAGGGUGUAGAGAGAGAGAACUUAAAAAACAAAUCAAUCCUGUGAAAUAGUUACCAUAUCCAUUUUAUAAGAGAAUAGAAGCUUAGAAAAGGUGGGUAAUUUUCCUGAGGUAAUCCUUUUGUAUAUGGCAAAAUGAAAAUUCAAACCUGGAAUUCUUCAGUCCAGGCACUGUUCACUGGAUGUGCAGCAGUGAUGCUGGUUUGUCUGAAGCUAUUAACCCUGAUUCUACAUAAAGACUCAAUAGAUUGCCCAAGGUCACCCAGACAGUGGCAGAGCUGGAGACACAUUUUGACCACUACACUCCAUUUCAUCACGCUAGAUACUUCUCAGACAGCCUGGCCAAAAGUACCUGCUAAAUUAUAUGGACUGGCUAAGGGAUUUCCAGCUUUAGAUUGCCUUGGAGACUCAAUGACCAGUUCUUAUUUUUGGUUCCUCUUUAUUCAAAACGUUUCCUUUGUUGUUAACCUCAGAUACUCUACUAAGAAGGACCCAAAGUAUGCUUUGUUCUGUCUCACAUUUGAGAACCAACCUAGUGUUUUAAUGAGAGUUAAGGAGCAAGCUUCAUAUUCUCAAACCUUUUUCAGAAGUCCAGUCUUGCCUAUUAUGAGCUGAUGACUUGGUUUCUUAUACACAGAGUAACAUUUCUUGGCUUGGUGUCUUCUUUGGCACCUGUAUGAGAGUUUGGUAUUUGCUUUUCAAGCUGCCUGCUUUUUGCCAUGGAGUAUUCAAGUUUCUUGAAGGUGAUCACAGGGACCUAACUCUUGUUCUGUAUAGUAGACAGUUCUCUGGACAGCUCUCUAGGCUGAAAUCUUGCUUCAUAGAUUUUAGAUUGCCUUCCCAUGACUAAAGUUGGUUUCUCUUUGUGUAAGAACAAAGCUGUGCCCUAGAAGCCAUUUAAGUGCGCAUUAAAUGGUGAUUUCUUAGAAUUGUGAAUCUGGGGGUUGUAGAGUGAGGAUUCGGUUCUCUCGAAUCAAUGGGCCAUGGUGGGAUUCCUGAAGAGUGAGCAAACACACAAAGUAGGAUUUCAUCCUAAGUUUUCUGAGGGACACAAUCUAAAAACACACUUACUGAAUUGCCCAGCUUACUCUUGCAGGGAGACCCCCUAUGUAUUCUCCCUCUGCAGGUCACAUCAUUUGCUCAGAGGGAGUACAGCAUAAAGUGAUAGCCAGGAUUAUGGAGCACCUCUUGUGGGCCUACUUGGGCAGUAGACAAUGCUCUAAAAUUGUAAGUUUUUGCACAUGCUCUCGUCAUUUAUAACCUAAUUGCUGGUCUUCCUGGUAUGAACAAAGUUGUUUGCUCAUUAAUAAAUUCCUACUAUAUGACCCUGCCUUGUGGUUCAUUUUUACAUAACUAGGGCAAAUACUAAAGUGUUUUUGUCUAAUAAAAGAGGAAGCAUGACCUGAGUGUCCAACAGCUACCCAAAACUCCUGCAACUAGCUUGGAGCAUUGUAAAGGUCACGGCUGCAAAUAUCAGAGAAUGGGCUUAAUGAAGAGUGACAGCAUUCUACAUGCCUUUGAAGAAUUUUCACUUUUUUUUUUUUUUUAACUAGCUUUCAGUAGAGUAAGUUAAUUAUUGUACUAUCUAUUCAUGUUAAAAUCACAUUAGCACAAGUCAGUGCCUUACAAUGGUCAAAUGAUUAGUGGACAACAAUGGAAAUAAACUAUUGUCUUAACAAAAUUAUUUCACAGAUUCUAAAUGCUGUUUCUUUGGGACACUCAAUUGUGUGUUCUUUAAGAUAAAUUCUAUAAUCAAGGGCCUAGCCCUUAACAGACCCUGAGGAGAGCAAAUAGGAUAGGUCAGUCAGUAAAGGUUUGGAGACAUGCUCCUGGAAUAGGAAUCGUCCAUUCACCUUUAUUUUAAAUUGAUACAUAGAAUCAAUAUAAAAUGCAUACAUUUUACAUGUUAAGUUUGAUGUUUUGGCAACUGUAUACACCUGUGUGAUAAUCCAAAAGAAGGUAUAGAACAUUACCAUUAACCCAGAAAGUUCUUUUGUGCAUCUUUCAAAUAAUCUCUGCUCCCCUCCCUACUCCAAUGACUAUUUGCUUAUUUUUAUCAUUAAUGAUUUAUUUUGCCUGCUUUUGGACUUUAUAUAAAUGGAAUCAUGUAGUAUGUAUUCUCUUACAUCUCGCUCUUCUUUCACUUACAAUGCUUUAAAGAUUCAACAAUAUCGUGUCUAUUGAUAAAAGUAUUCUUUAUUGCUAAGUAGCUUUCAUUUUAUAAAUAUAACAUAGUUUGUUUAAUCCAUUCUCCUAUUGAUGAACCUUUAGGUUCUUUCCAGCUUGGGGGAAUUAUGAAUAAGGCUGCUAUGUAUAUUAUUAUGUAAUUUUUUAAAUUUUAUUUUGUGGAUACAUGUUUUCAUUUCUCUUGGAUAAAUGCCUAAGAGUAGAAAAUUACUGAGUCAUAUGGUAAGUGUAUGUUUAACUUUUUAAGGAACUGCCUUCCUGUUUUUCAAAGUGGUUUACCAUUUUGUACUCCCAUCAGUGAUGUAUGAGAGUUCUAGUUGCUCCAUAUCCUUGUCAGCAUUUACUGUUGUUAGUGUUUUUUUAUUAGCCAUUUUAGUUGGUAUAAAAUAACUGUGAUUUUAAUUUACAUUUCUCUGAUAAUUAAUGAUGUUGAGCACUUUUCAUAUACUUACCUUACAUUUUGUAUCUCUUUCAUGAAGCAUCUUUCAUGUCUUUUCCCAUUGGAUUGUCUUUUUGUGAUUAUUACUCUAUGAUUUCUGGAUACAAGUCCUUUAACGGAUAUAUGUGCUGUGAUUUUUGUUGUUUGGUUAUAGAUAAUGGCUUAUCCACUUUCUUACUGGGAUACUUUGAUGAGCAGGAAUUUUUAUUUUGAUAAAGCCUGUCUUAAUCAAUUUUUUCUUUUAUAGUUUUAUGACCUCCAGGUCACAAAGAACUUAUUUUCUUCUAAAAGUUUUAUGGUUUGGGGUAUUAUGUCUGAAAUGGAUCACAGAUGGUCUAGGAUCCAUCUCAGUGGUUUUAAGCUUUACAUCUAUAGUUCGGAGUUUUAUAUUUAGGUAUAUGGUCCAUCUCAAAUUAAUUUUUGUGUUCAAAAUUAGGUUUAUUUCAACUUGGAUAUCUAGUUUCAGUAACAUUUGUUUAAGAAGAUUUUUCUUCACCCAUUAGACUUGGCAUCUUGUUUAAAAAUCAAUUGAUUGUGUGUGUGGUUAUUUCUAGACUCUAUUUAAUCUGAAGAACUUCUUUUAGCAUUUCUUUUAUUGUUUCUCUAGAGAUAAAUUAUCUCAGGUUUUAUCUGUCAUGUUAUUAUUUUACUUUUGUUUUUUGAGGGGUAUUUUAGUUGGAUAUAGAAUUCUAUGCUGACCUUUUCUUCUUUCAGUAAAACAUUUAUCCUCAGGUCUCAUUUGUUUCUGGUCAGAAGUCAUCUAUAAUUUUUAUUUUUUUACUUGUGCAUAAUGUAGGUUCACCCCUCUCCCCCAUGAUUACAUCUGCUCUUUAUCUUUGGUCUUCAGCAGAUUACUAGGUAUGUUUAUCCUUAUAUGGAGUUUACUUAAUCUCUUGGAUCUGUGUUGAUGUUUUUCACUAAUACUGGAUAUUUCUUGUCCACUAUCUCUUCAAAUAUUUCUUUUGUUCCAUAUUCUCUCACCUCUCUUCUCCUCUGGAACUCCACCUAUACAUAUAUUAGAUGGUUUUAUAUUCCCUACAGAUCUUAGAGGAUCUUUUCUCUAUUCUCUUGUUCUCAGUUUGGAUACUUUCCAAUUAGCUGUUCCCAAAUUCUCUAAUGCUUUCUUUUAACUCCACCUAAUGAAUUCUGGGUGAACUCUACAUCCAGCAUGGGGCUUGAUCUCAUGAUCCUGAGAUCAUGCUUCACAGACUGAGCCAGGCAGGCACCCCUAAUAUUGUACUUUUCAUUUCCAGCAUUUCAUUAUGUUUAUAUAGUUACCACAUGUCUGCUAAAACUUCCCAUUUCUUUAUGAAUGUUGUCCACAUUUCCACUAGAUUUUUUUAAGCAUAUUUAUUAUAGCAAUUUCAAAAACCCUAUCGAUUCCAGUAUUUGACUUCCACUAGAUUUUUUAGCAUUUUAAUCAGAGUUGUUUUAAAGAUCCUAACUGAUAAUUCAGCAUCUGGGGUGUCUCUCUAGUUCUGCUCCUAUUGAUCCUUUCCUGUUACCAUGGAUCUUAUUUUCUUGCACAUGCCUUUGAUUUGAUUGUAUGCUGGACGUUUUGCAUAAAAAAAAAAAAAACGAAAGAAAUAUUACCCUCAAAUUGAGGCAUGCCCAUUUUUCUUUAAGCCAACUUGGGUAGUGGUUCAGUUAAUCUAAUGUAUAUCUGACCUAGAUCUGGGCUUUAUUGUGGCUUUAAGUUGCCACUAGUUUUAAAUAUUUUGAAGGCAGAAUCAGCACUUUCCCUUCAGUAAGUCCUGGGUUUGGGGCAUUGGCAAUAUUCUAGAGAUCUGACUUUGCUUCACAGCCAAGUCAUCAAUCAGUCUUUGGAAAUGUGAGAGAUCUCCUCUUUCUAGUGGAAAAUGUGGACAAACUGAGCUAGCUGCCAGGUUUUUUGGUCACUGGAAUGGGGCAUGGGGGAGGUAUUGGUCUCAUUCCCUGUAUGUGCCCUACCCUAGUCUUUUGAGGAAUAAUGCCCACGGAACUUUGGGUGUGGAUCUCCCAGCUCUCCCACCCCACUCUUAACCUUCAAGAGUGCCUCUGAUGGAUUUUUCAGUGUCCUUCCUUUGCUCCCUUAUUUUUAAAGGGUAUCUUGUAUUUGGGACAGGCUCUACUUACCUCAAAGGCAGGACUAAUCUGUCUCAACUCUUCUAUUACCCACUCCAUUCCCACUUUAUUAUGUCCCUGUGCUUGGUUAAGAUACAAGAGAGAAGAUUGGUGAGUGGGUGCAGGCUUUCUCUGUGGACCUGGGUCCUCUCAAUGCUAAUAUCAUGCCAGUCUCCAUAGGCCUAUUAAAAUUUUGUUAAAUUUCAAGCGGUUUCUCUUAUUCCCCUACCCAGAAUAGUUCAGGAAUAUUAGCAGCCAUGGGUCUGUCUUUUCUAUGAAGGACUGAGCACUUUCUGGAGGUUGGUUCAUUUAUGUUUCUUUACGUCCUUAUCUUUCUGAUGAGUUUUAAAAGAUUUUUGAUCUUCUAGCUAAUCUGACCUUUGUUUGCUAGGAUGGGAGCCAUAUCCUCUUAUGAUUUUCAACAUCCAAAUAAGACGUGAAUUCCAGGAAUGAGAAUUUUCAAAGUGGUUUCAUUUACAUAUUAACUAAUUUUUAAAAUUAAAAGUAAAUGGAUAAUAAAAAGUCAAAUUUUAUUCAGUGGUAAACAGUGAAAAACAAGUCCUCUUCCCAUUCUAUUUCCCCUGGCCCUCUUCAUUCCCUAUACAGAGACAAACAUCAUUACCAGUGUCUUGCAAUUUCUUCUCAAAAUUCUAUUUAGAAAAUGUGAAUAUACCCCUCCCAACUUAUUUAAGAAACAGAAGCACACUAAAUGUUUUAUGCUUUACCUUUUUUCAUAGAAUGGUUUCAUCAUCUUGAAGUCUUUUAUAGGCUAUGUGUUAGUAUGGAUAUACUUUGGUUUAUGUGAACAGUUCCUGGUGAUGGACAUUUGAGUUGUGUCUUUUUUUCCCACAAUGUAGUGUAUAUUCCUUUGCCCACAUUUGCUGUUGAGUGUAUCUCUAGAAUCAGGAAUGGGUAUGUUUAAAAUGCUUCAUGAAGGUCCCUGGAGCUUCAUAUUUUAUAGUGUUUUCCUAGGUGUUGGCUGGGCCCUUAGGAGUUAGUGGUAUGCAUUUUGGGAGGAUUGGUACCACUCAAGAGGCAGAAGGUGCCAGAGAGUUGCCUAGCAGGUGGCAUUAGAACAAAGCUGGCUGUUAAGAUCCUAUUAGUGUAGCUUUCUUUCCUUUUUUCCACUCUUUUUUUUUGGGGGGGGUAACUCUUUAUACGUAUAUUGGGGAUGUUAAAAGUUGCUGAUGCUUGAUUCCUCUCCUGCAUCCUCAAGUACUACUAUUGGGGAAAAAGAUGAAUGUCAUUUUGUCUGGAAUGCCUUAACCAGCGGUAUGACUGAAAUGAUUCUGAUAAGCAAAAUUACAUCCCAGGACGAUUUCUAAGGGAAAUGGAAACUCAUUUGUUAUAUAAGAAACAGUAUCUGUGUGAUUCUAGGAUCUUCCUAUGAAGAUGCUAUGUUUUUUGAGGAAUUUGUUUCUAAUUACCUUUCUAAUUAAAGCACAUUCAACUUAGUUAUUGCAAUUUAAGAAACCCAACAUGCUUUCUUAUUUGAAAAAGGCUCUUGCACAGAAGUGCUCCAUCUUUCUCCGAAGAUCUGGGAUCCAAGGAGAGAUAUGUAAACAUAUUAUAAUAACAACACCUAUUUAUUUAAUAACAUAGGCAUAAAGAAUGUCAUAUAGUCCUCAUAGGACCCCUUUCAGGGAGAUUUUAAAUAUUAUGAAGUGUGUUUACGAGCUUGCCACCAACAUCUGCUUCUCUAAGACUCCCCAUUUAGUAAUUGUACUAUUCAUCUAGUUGCUUUUAUAAAGUUGGAAACCUGAUUAUUUUCCUGUGAUCUCUAUCCCCCCUCUCUCAUUCUCCCAUAUACAAUUCUACAGCACAGGAAAUUCGUGCUAAUAUCCUUGAGAAUUCGUUCACUCUAGUCCAAGUGAACUGUUUCAUCAUCUUUUGUUUUCAGUAUCCUUUAGUCUCUCCUAGAUGAUCAAUUCUUGUCCGCCUCUUGAUUCAUUUUCCACUCAUUAGCUAAUAUGAACUCUUUACUUUUUUAAGUUUAUUAUUUUUGGAGUGUCUCUACACCCAAUGUGGGGCCAAGAUCAAGAGUCACAUGCUCUUCUCAGCUAGCCAGAUGCACCUAACACGAACUCUUUAAAUGUUAAGUCUGACCAUGUCACUCUUUGCUCAGAACUCUCUAGUGCCUUCCCACUGCCCUUAGAAUAAAAUCCCUCACAUGAGCUCUGUGGAUCUGCACCACUAGUCUUUCCUACCUCUCCACUCUUGCAACCAACUCCCUUUCCCUUUCUUCUUUCCAGCCACAUUGGUCUUUUUGUGCUGCAAACUGGCCAAAUUUCUUCCAUCCUCAGGGCCUUUGCACAAACUCUUCCUUUGCCUUAGGAUUCUUCCCAGGCCUGCCCACUUCCUCAUCCCUGUUCCACAAGCUAAUGCCUUAUCCCCUAGAUUUCAUUUUAAAAAUCUCUUACCCAGGGAAACUUCUCUGCCCAAACAAGUCUAUAUUGGAUCUCCCUGUUAUUUGCUCUUUUCCUCUGUAUUUUUCCUUAUUAGCAUUUACCACAAUUCUAUAGUUAUGUAGUUUUCAUUUAAUUUUAUUUUUUUUCUAAUUGAAAUAGAUAAUACAUCUGCUUGGUAAAAAAUUCAAAUUGUACACAAGGUAUAGAAUAAAAAGUCUCUUCUCUUCCCUGCCCCUCUGCUCUGCUACCCAGUUGUUCUCCUUACUAGUAACCACUUCUAGCAUUUUGAAUCUACUUCCAGAGAUAUUUUCUGAGUACACGAGCAAUUAUGUACAUAAUACUCAUUUUUUGCCUUCUCUUUAUUAACACAGAUAUAUACAUUUUUCUGCACUUUGUUUUUACCUGUUAAUAAUGUAUCUUGGCAAUUCUUCUGUCAAUAUGUAAAUAGUUGCCUCUUUUCAUGUAUCAGAUAGUAAGUACGGGCUUACCAUAAAUUUUUAACCUCAAUGAUUAGGCAAUGAGGUUGUUUUCAGGCUUUGGUUAUAACACACAAUGCUGCAUUGAAUAACUUUGUAUGUAAAGUCAUUUCUCGCAAAUGUACCUAUAGAAUAAAUUCCUAGAAUUCAAAUAAGGGAA